AUGGAAGCAGAAGGACUAAUCCCACAACUGUAUCGAUGGGCAGAAAGCGAUUCGACUAACUUUUCUUUGAGAGCCUAUUCGUUUGGUCUUCUGGCUGCUGCUUUGGAGGUGUCCAACGUUGCAGGCGGACUUCGAGCCGAAAAUUCCUCUCUCAUUCCAAUCGCUUUGCAACAGUUGAGAAUUUUAUUAGGCCAAAUGGAGCGAGAAGUGGAAACAGCUAGAGCUGUAGGUUCUGGUGCUGUUGUCGUGCAUGAGCCAGAAACUGAGGAAGAGGAAACUGGCGACGAAGAUGGACCGUUUGCUGGCAUGCCAAGUGAAUCGUUUCAUACCGGUGAACGACCUUCGUUGGCCGACGUUAGUGUUAAAUGCAAAGUUUUUGUUUUGAAGUCCAAAAUAGGACCGGGUUUCUACGGUUAA